UGUCUAAUAAAACUACGUACAAUGCAAAAAGACAAAUGAACCAACCCCCAACACAGAUUCAUUUGUGAAAUUCAAGGAGAAAAUUGUCCUUAUAUUGACUGCAUAUAGCCAGAAACCUGCCCGCCUCUCUGUUUAACCACCAACGCCAUGAAAAUGCACAUGGCAAUGAAACUGCUUACGCCACCCUCUUACUUAUCACGCCCCACCUCUCUAUCCUUCUUCUUCUUCACAUCCAAUCCAAAGGGACCCAAACCCAUAUCAACUUCGGUUCAACUCUUCCACUGGAGACCAAAAGGCGUAGCCUUUAAUGCAAGGAUGCUGGUAAAAGCAUGUGUCAAGGUGGAGCAACAGGAGAGUGUACCUGAAGUAGAAGGGACGAGCUGGGGAAAGGUCUCUGCUGUGCUGUUUGACAUGGAUGGUGUCUUAUGCAACAGUGAAGAGCCUUCUAGAAUGGCUGCUGUGGAUGUCUUCGCUGAGAUGGGAGUGGAAGUCACAGCAGAGGAUUUUGUGCCAUUCAUGGGCACAGGUGAGGCAAACUUCUUAGGAGGUGUGGCUAAUGUUAAGGGAGUUAAGGGAUUCAACACUGAAGAAGCAAAAAAGAGGUUCUUUGAGAUAUAUCUAGAAAAGUAUGCAAAACCAAAUUCGGGAAUUGGAUUCCCAGGUGCCCUUGAACUUAUUACUCAGUGCAAAGAGAAAGGACUGAAAGUUGCUGUUGCAUCUAGUGCUGAUCGUAUCAAAGUUGAUGCAAACUUAGCUGCUGCCGGUUUGCCAUUGUCGAUGUUUGAUGCUAUUGUAUCAGCAGAUGCUUUUGAAAAUUUGAAACCAGCUCCUGACAUUUUCUUGGCUGCAUCAAAGAUCUUAAAUGUGCCGACUAGUGAGUGUAUUGUUAUUGAAGAUGCACUAGCUGGAGUACAAGCUGCAAAAGCUGCAGAGAUGAGAUGCAUAGCUGUGAAAACUACAUUGUCAGAAGAGACUCUAAGGAAUGCUGCUCCAUCCCUUAUCAGGGAUGAUAUUGGAAAUGUUUCACUUGAGGAUAUUCUCAGUGGUGGAUCUAAUGGCUAUAAUGAGAUGAUGCAGAGGCCUCAGGUUCUGCAUAGUUCUGAACAAACUUUGGCCUCAAUGCUCGAAGAAAAAAAAGAUAAUGGAUCACUUCUUAACAACCCCAAUGACAAAGUUUUUUCAGCUGGGGGGUUGCAGGCUUCUCGACGCAAUAUAUUGAGGUAUGGGAGUUUGGGGGUUGCCCUUUCUUGUCUGUAUUUCACCAUCACAAACUGGAAGGCUAUGCAAUAUGCUUCCCCUCAAGCUAUAUGGAAUAUGCUGUUUGGAGUUACUAGGCCAGAUUUUGCGCAGAAUGGGGGUAAGUCGCAGUACUCAAGAGUCGAACAGUUUGUAAAAUAUAUAUCUGAUCUGGAAACCAGCGGAACUGCUCGCAUUGUGCCAGAAUUUCCAACUAAACUCGAUUGGUUGAAUACUGCUCCACUUCAAUUUCACAGGGAACUGAGAGGCAAAGUGGUUGUUCUGGACUUUUGGACCUACUGUUGCAUAAACUGUAUGCAUGUGUUGCCAGAUCUAGAAUAUCUGGAGAAAAAGUACAAAGAUGCACCAUUCACAGUGGUGGGGGUACAUUCAGCAAAGUUUGACAAUGAGAAAGAUUUAGAAGCAAUCCGAAAUGCAGUUUUGCGCUAUAACAUCUCUCAUCCAGUUGUCAAUGAUGGAGAUAUGUAUUUGUGGCGUGAGCUAGGUAUUAAUUCAUGGCCAACAUUUGCCAUUGUUGGACCCAAUGGUAAGGUUCUUGCACAAAUAUCAGGAGAAGGCCAUAGAAAGGAUCUCGAUGAUUUGGUGGAGGCAGCUCUUCUGUUUUAUGGUGGGAAGAAGCUCCUAGAUAGCAUGUCAAUUCCCCUGAGUUUGGAGAAAGAUAACGAUCCUCGUUUAUUUACCUCUCCUUUGAAGUUUCCUGGAAAGCUGGCAAUUGAUGUGCUUAACAAGCGACUGUUCAUUUCAGAUAGUAACCAUAACCGCAUAGUGGUCACUGAUGUAGAUGGGAACUUUAUUAUCCAAGUUGGGAGCACUGGAGAGGAAGGUUUACAUGAUGGUCCCUUUGAUGAAGCAACUUUUAAUCGCCCUCAGGGCCUCGCUUAUAAUGCGAAGAAAAAUCUCCUUUAUGUUGCAGAUACUGAAAACCAUGCUUUGAGAGAGAUUGAUUUUGUCAAUGAAAUGGUGCGCACUCUUGCUGGAAAUGGAACCAAAGGUUCUGACUAUGAAGGGGGACGAAAAGGAACCAACCAGGUUCUCAACUCUCCAUGGGAUGUCUGCUUCGAGCCAGUCAAUGAAAAAGUUUAUAUUGCAAUGGCUGGACAGCAUCAGAUAUGGGAGCACAAUACUCUGGAUGGAGUUACGAGAGCUUUCAGUGGUGAUGGUUAUGAAAGAAACUUGAAUGGAUCAAGCUCCACAAGUACAUCAUUUGCACAACCUUCUGGAAUUUCACCAUCUCCUGAUUUGAAGGAGCUAUAUGUUGUUGAUAGUGAAAGUAGCUCCAUUAGAGCACUUGAUCUCAAAACAGGAGGAUCAAGACUACUAGCUGGAGGUGAUCCAAUUUUCCCUGAUAACUUGUUCAAGUUUGGAGACCAUGAUGGAAUAGGGUCUGAAGUACUUCUUCAACACCCACUGGGUGUAUUAUGUGCAAAAGAUGGUCAAAUAUAUAUAGCUGAUAGCUAUAAUCACAAGAUCAAGAAGCUAGAUCCAGCUACUAAAAGAGUUACUACGAUAGCAGGAACUGGAAGAGCUGGUUUCAAGGAUGGAAAACCACUGGCUGCUCAGCUUUCAGAGCCAUCUGGAAUCAUUGAGGCUGAGAAUGGAAGACUCAUCAUAGCUGAUACAAACAACAGUGUUAUCAGGUAUAUAGACUUCAACAAAGAAGAAGCUGAACUUCUUACUUUAGAACUGAAAGGAGUUCAGCCUCCUGCACCAAAAUCCAGAUCCUUGAAACGUCUCAGGAGACGAUCAUCAGCUGACACACGGACAAUUAAAAUUGAUGGUGGUUCAUCUAGGGAGGGAGACCUUUGUCUCAAAAUAUCAUUACCUGAAGAGUACCAUUUCUCAAAGGAGGCACGCAGUAAAUUUAUAGUCGAGACUGAGCCUGAAAAUGCUGUAUUAGUUGAUCCCUCAGAUGGAUAUCUUAGUCCAGAAGGAACUGCAGUCCUUCAUUUUAGGAGAUCCUCUUCCUCAGCUUCAACAGGGAGAAUAAAUUGCAAGGUCUAUUACUGUAAAGAAGAUGAAGUCUGUUUAUAUGAAUCGCUUCUGUUUGAAGUGCCUUUCCAACCAGAAGUUCCAGAUGCUACCCCAUCGAAAAUCACACUUGCUUAUGCUGUGAAGCCCAAAGCUUCAGCAAGUAGCUUGCAGCUACCAGUUAGCCGCUGACAGGAAUAUGCCACAUUAAUACGUUGUAAGAUUCUCUACUUUUUUACUCUCUAUGCCAUGAAAAUAUAAGCUCAAUUGGACGGAGCGGAUAGUUGCAGCAACAUCAUCCAAAGAGAAUAUGCACUGCACACUGUAUAUUAGGUACUCUAUUGCAUAGAUAAAUUACAUUUAAAGCAAGCAUAUGGCUUAGUUGGAGAAUCCUAUGAUAAUUUUAAGUUGCUUACAUAUUUACAAUCAGAAUUAUCUCAACUUCUGACCUCCAGCAUUAGAUAAUUUUUGUCUUCAUAUA